UGGCCAAAGUAUCAAAAUCGGAGUCAAAUGAGCGUAGAGAGACGGUAUGGGAGGCCAUUAGAGAAUUAACCCAUAAUUAACCCCUCGGUCCGACUUACCUCAAUAGCUGAAGUUAGAAUACCGAGAAAAACACUUGGCUACAUGUGGGUGCGAGCCGGUCUCUGAGCGCGCUCCCCGCUCGCGCCGGUGAUGCCAUGCCGCGCAGCCACACCGGCGACGAAAGCGGCGGCACCGGGAUCUGGCUGAAGACCUCCGCUGGGAGCCGGACUCAGGAGCACCCGUUAAAAGAUGUGGAAUCUGGACGGAGGGCGAUGAACAACGCGGUUCGGGUCGGGGACGGGCUGCUGUCUCCCCCAGCAGCAGGUGCGGCGGCGGCGGCGGCGGCGGAGAGGAACCAGGGCGCCCGGCUCAGUCUGCUGGGGAAGCCGCUGACCUACAGCUCGCAGAGCGGCCGCAGGAACGCGCGGUACCGGCGGCUCCAGAACUACCUCUACAAUGUGCUGGAGCGGCCGAGGGAGUGGGCUUUCGUCUACCACGCUUUUGUUUUCAUCCUGGUGUUUGGCUGUCUGGUUCUCUCGGUGUUCUCCACCAUCCCAGCUCACCAGGAGUUCUCCGCGCACUGCCUGCUCAUCCUGGAAUUUGUGAUGAUUGUAGUAUUUGGCCUUGAGUACAUCAUCAGGAUAUGGAGCGCUGGCUGCUGCUGUCGAUACCGAGGCUGGCAGGGUCGCCUCCGCUUUGCCAGGAAACCCUUCUGUGUCAUAGACAUCAUCGUACUCAUCACCUCGGUUGCUGUGGUUUCAGCUGGUAGCCAGGGCAACGUCUUUGCCACCUCUGCACUGCGUAGCCUUCGCUUUCUUCAGAUACUGCGCAUGGUGCGCAUGGACCGCAGGGGGGGGACCUGGAAGCUGCUGGGAUCUGUAGUUUAUGCACAUAGCAAGGAGCUGGUGACUGCUUGGUACAUUGGGUUCCUGGUGCUUAUCUUCUCCUCUUUCUUGGUCUAUCUUGUGGAGAAAGAGUUCAACAAGGAGUUUGACACGUACGCGGACGCUCUGUGGUGGGGCACGAUCACCUUAACAACAAUCGGCUAUGGCGACAAGACGCCCCAAACCUGGACCGGCCGGUUACUGUCAGCCGGUUUUGCUCUGCUUGGGAUCUCGUUCUUUGCUCUGCCAGCUGGCAUCCUGGGGUCAGGUUUUGCCCUGAAGGUGCAGGAGCAGCAUCGCCAGAAGCACUUUGAAAAAAGAAGGAAUCCAGCUGCCAGCCUCAUCCAGUGUGUCUGGCGUAGUUAUGCUGCUGAUGAGAACUCGGUUUCUAUUGCUACCUGGACGCCUCAUUUGAAGGCGUUGCAUACCUGCAGCCCCGCCAAGAAAGAGCAGGGCGAGACUGCCUACAGUAAGGGUCUAACUAAUGGGGGACUCUUCAGAAAGUGUUCUCGGAAAUAUAGGAGUCAAAAGCUGAGCUUUAAGGAGCGGGUCCGGAUGGCGAGUCCUCGAGGUCAGAGCAUGAAAAGUAGGCAGACAUCCAUCAAUGACCGCCAGCGCUGUUCCCCUGGCAACGAGGUGGUGGGCAGCAGUGAGCUAAUGGGCGGGAGCCCCGCCAAAGUGCAGAAAAGCUGGAGCUUCAACGAUCGGACCCGCUUUAGGCCAUCGCUGAGGCUGAAGAGUCAAACCCGCACCGCGGCUCCAGACGUGGACCCAGGCAUGACCACAGACGAUUCCUUCGAUGAGAAAGGCUGCCACUGUGACAUCACUGUGGAAGAUCUUUCAGCUCCGCUGAAAGCGGUCAUCAGAGCUGUCAGGAUCAUGAAAUUUCACGUGGCUAAGAAGAAGUUUAAGGAGACUCUGCGUCCGUAUGAUGUGAAGGACGUGAUCGAGCAGUACUCUGCUGGACACCUGGACAUGCUCUGCCGCAUCAAGAGCCUUCAGACGAGACUGGAUACAGUAGUUGGACCCCCUCCAAGGUCAUUAAGAGGUCGUAUCAAGACGUUUUCUUCUCCCUUGCUGCAUUCAUGUUACAGCCAGAAUCAGAGGAAACACUCAGCGUCUGGGGUGGAUCAAAUUCUUGGGAAAGGACAGAUUCCGGUGGAUAAGAAACUGAGGGACAAACUGCACCAUGAUGGAGACUCUCUGGAGGGGAUGAGCAUGUUGGGACGAGUGUGUAAAGUAGAAAGACAGGUGUCCUCUAUUGAAACAAAGUUGGAUUCGUUGCUUGAUGUUUACCGCCAAGUUCUCCAGAAAGGGCCCUCAGGGCUCUCCCUCUCCUCUCUGCCCCUUUUUGAGCUGGAAAAUCACCAGCACCACAACUUGGACUACCCAUCCUCCCCCCAGAGAGGGGAUACAAAUAGAGGACGAGGAGACAACGGUGGCGGCGGGAUACACCGAUCUCACGGUGCCAACCCAAGAGGCCUGCGGCUUAUUCUGGCACCGGCCGACGACGAUUGCCCUCCAGAUUCAGCGCCUCCGUCCUACCCCCCUUCCACUGCCUCGCUCUCCCCCUCACCUCUGCUACCCCCUGACAGCCCUUACCCAAGCCUUGGCACCCCUUCCAAAAAAUCCCACUUUCCUGAUCUGCCGCCUCCACCAUCGUCGACUGGAAGCUUUACUCUCCAGCUUCCUCCCAUGGUUCACCCUUCACACCUCCGAUGCCCCGCCGACCCAGUCUCAGAUGAUGUGACAGAUGAAGUAGGAGCCGAUGACCAGAGUCUGGGCCCUUCUGUCGUUGUAGGAGGCAGUGCUGAUGGUAGUGCUGAUGGUAGUGCUGACGGAGGCGGUGAGGUGGGGUUCGCACCUGGUAGGGUGCAGCUGCGAAAGAAGUCCGGCUUGAAAUCCGGAGGGGUCUGCAGGAGGCAUUUGAGCCUAGAGGCUAACCCAUUGCUGCUGCUGUCAUCUAACCCAGAGAGGAGGCCUGCAGACUGGGCGGGCAGUCUAGGAAAAUCCCUCUCCGUGCAUAAUAUCAACCAGCCUUUAACCAAUCGUGCCCCUGGCCUUUCCGCCGCCCUCAACAACAGCAGCAGUAGCAGCAACGACAGCGAGCACGGCAACGGCCACAAUGACCUCAGCAACUGGGAUGAGACAGACCUCUUCAUAAGUGAGUGCAAGCUGAAGCCGGCAGCUGACCACUAUGACUUCCUGUCCCAGGGACCGGACAGCGGCCAGUCGGACAUUUUACAAACUGAGGAGGAGGAUGUUCCUCACUCAAAGGGAAACUCGGAGUUCCUCAGUCAAUCCUCACACUUACAGCUGGUGUAAGCACACUGACUGAAAAACAGGACACAAACUGCAAACUGGUGUAAAAUACUACAGUAUGUAUGUAUGCAUACUGUGGCCAGCGCCACUUUUUAAACAUAUUUAUAUAGGGCACCAUGCACAUCAUGCUCUGAAUUUGACACUUCAUACAUGUUCAAACAGUGUUUUCUGUUUUAUGUGACACGAUUAUGCCCAUUUGCACAUAGAUCAUAUAUUAUUACACACUUUUUUGUGGCACCUAAAUGUCUGCAUCCAGUAGGAAGAAAAACGAGUGUGAACGCAAGUGGCCAUGUUCAUGUUACACAAAAUAUGAAAACUAUACAUUCAGUACUUUUCUAAAUUAUUGAUACUCCUUGAACUUUUUCACAGUUCGCUACUUUAAAAUCCAAAUAUUUAUGCAUUUUCUUGGGUUUUUAAUGGAUCAGACGAACACAAGGUGUAAAAUACUACAUAAUUAAUUAGGUUUUUUUGUUCCAAAUUAGUUUUUUGCAGCCUUUAACGUGUGUUCUUCCAGGAAUGCCCUGUAUUUCGCUCCAUCCAUCUUCCUCUCUGAGUUGCUGUAAAAUAGUAUCUACCCUCCUGCAGAUUUAUUCUAGUUUUUCUGUUUUGUCUUAGUUUAAGUGGAGAGUUUAGCACAAACUUAGUGCAUUGGAGCCUAAGGGCCCAAAUUAAUAGUCGAACAUUUUUGCUAGAAAGCAGAAUUUUAACUAUUUUUUUAUGAAGCAGUGAUGACGCCCCACAGCAUCAUACUAACAUUACCUUUACCAUCUUUUUCUGACAUGCUGUGUUGUCAGGUUUUUUUCUGUUGGAGCAACUUUGACGGUCUUUGUGCAUCCUGAGAAGGUUCACAACUGUUCUAUGUUUCCUCCAUUUAAGGAUAAUGUGUGGUGUUAAGUUUCACUAGCUUCCUAAAAAAUUAGAAAUUUUUUUCGACAGUGAUUUUCUUUCUUAAACGUUCUUGGAUUUGUUUAAAGCUUGAUUUGUUACUUUUGACAACGUCUAACAUAGUUCAUGCUGUCAGACAAGUUAUAUUUAAGUAAUUUCUUCUAUCUGCAGGCCAGGGCCAGCUGGCACUCACCAUAUUAAAGCGGAAACUGAGGGUGAUUCCAGGGGAUUUUUGUUUCAGCAACCAAGGACAGUUCGUUUUUCAUGCAGGGCUUAUAUGUGGCUUUCGUCACAUAAUCAAAGAAAGCAUAAUUUGAAACCUGCUUUUUGUGCAUAUUCGGAUUAUCCAAUAUUAGAGUUUUUUACUGAUACGAAGCAUUUUGGUGUGACGAGAAAAAAAGAAAAAUGCAAAACAGAAACCUGUAAGGGGCAAAUACUUUUUCACACCAUUUUACUCUGACCAGCCUCUGUGUUCCUGAUGAGAAGAGAAAAUCCCCAGAGUGCAAUUCUGCUAACCUCAGUGUUCAUACCUCUCACUUAAAUUGCUGAAAAAGUACAUUGGCUUUUGUUUGGUUGUUUGCAAGGCAAAAUGUGAAAGAGUUCAAGGGAUGUGAAUACUUAUGCCAAGCACUGUAAACAAUUUUUCAGGAGAAAAUCAAUCAAUCAAAUUUUAUUUGUAUAGCAUAUUUCAGCAGCAAGGCAUUUCAAAUUGCUUAAAAUGCAGCUUUCCUGACUCUUACAUUCAGUAUCAUGACUCAAAGCAUGAUGUUAAUUUUGACAAUAGAUAUUUUUCUUCUAUUUGAAUAAGAAUGUAGAUGGUGUAAGUCAACCUAUUUGGCUCUUCACGUGAACAACUGAGAGUGUUCUUUCAUUUCAAAGUGAAUCUUUAACUUUCUUCUUUCUAUUAAUCAAUCUGGAUCUCUACUUAAACCAAAGAACUUAAUCUACAUUCAUCACCACAAAUGCCACAUGCAUCCAUUUUUCUUAAAAAAGGACAAAGAAAACAUGAAAAAAAAAUUAAACAUCAUUUGGAAAGCUGAAGGUGUAAAGAGUCUAAAAUGCAUUUAACUGACAGACAGUCUGUGGAAAUCACAUCCCUGCCUAAAUGGAUGUUCGGUAUGAUUUUAGUAAGAACAGGGACAAGAAUAAUAUUUGAUCACAAAUACCAAAUAUUGUAAGAGGAGCCAACUAGAACAAAAGCUGAGAUACACACGUAUUCCUUGUUCUGUAUAAAUGAUUGUAUAUGAAGAUGAGAAAAGCCAUUUUUGCCUAGUUUGUCUUUAUGAUAAAUAUCUUAAGCUUUCCAUAUUCAUAUCACCUCCUGGACGGUUCUCACAAACCAAUUGCUUGAGGCUUAAAUCUGUGGGAAUGGGAAACGACAAAUGAUCAAUUAAAAAAAUAAAAAGCAACAAACUGCAUGUGUUGGGACAAGAAAGGAGUUAAUCACAUGAUGAUCUAAAGCAGUUUUUGAAGUUUGCUACUAGGUAAAGGUUUGACCCUACCCUCUGAUUUUGUACAAUAGUUUGCUAAAUUAAAUGCUAAUGAUUUGAAUGUGGAUUUAGCAAAGGUUACUCAUGCAUGAGAUGCCGCAUGUGUGAAGCUGCUGAUGUCAAUGUCAAGCAUGCAAACACCUUCUGCCUCUUUGAACUUUGUUUUACUUUUAAUUUGUAAUCAUUUGGCAGUGUAUAUUUGCUUUAUGAGUUAAUAAAAGAGCCACCUACAAUGUCAACACAAUGCAUACAACAGUUCACUGGAAUCUGAUGUUUCCCUUUCCUGUAGAAGUCAAAAUUGAAAGCUCUGGCACUGAUUAAACACCUUGUUUAAACAAUUCAAAGUGAAAAUGGGGUGUUAUUAAGAAGGCUGUGCAGUUUUUGAUUUAGCCUACACAUUUUUUUUCUUUAUUCAGCUAUCCUGAUUAUUAAAAAAUAAAAUAAAAUCCACGUUAUUGUUGACGAGAGCCACCUAACCAAAAAAUUGUCAGGUUGGUUCAACAACCAUCUGGUGUCCAUUUAGAAUUACCUCUACAAACAAUAUGUAAACAUUAGAUUGUAAAGUUGUACAAGUGAAUCACGGUUCACUGAUAGUCUUUGGAAAAUGUUUGACAUAACUGAUGCUUUUUUGCCUCUGUCUUUCAUCUGCAAAUGUUUUUUUUUUUACUCAUCCACCGACUCUUUCGGUCAUUUUAAUAUCUUCUGUGUUUGAUUUGGAUCUUGGUUCAUUUUUGGCACAGUCACUCUCGUCUUAGAAUGUGUUUUACUGUCAGCUACUUCCUUUAUUGACCUUGUGAUUUCAUCUGUGUUUGCCCGUGUUUUGGAAGCGGAUUGCUAAUUCAUUUGACACUGAAGGUUAGAGCAAGUAUUAUUUUCAGAAAGAAUGCCAACAGUUAGCAUUUGUGUGGUUUUUGUACUAUUCUUUAAUCCAUAUAAAAUUUCAUUUGUGUUGCAAAGAAAGCAUUCUCAUCAGAAACAUGUACGGCUUCUCGUGAACGUUGGUGUCUGGCAAUGUGACAGGGUAUGUUCAUGCCUGCAUGAUAUUGGAACAGAUGUAAUGUGUUUAAUGGUGGACUGGAAAACUUCAUCAGCCAAGCUGGAAUGCCGAGGAACUAAAGAGGCUAAACUUCCCAUGUGACAUUUUUAAUGUUUGCAAUCUGUAAAUUGCUUACGGGUGCCUUUUUGCUCCAAAGAACUGCUUUUAUUUCCAUUCAUCGCCUACAACCGAUUACAUCAGAUUGUACUUAAGUCCAACUGCUCAUCUUGAACUGGGCAUCCAGUCGUGUGGCUUUAAGCCUGAGACUUUAACUUCUUUGGCCGAAAAAUACUUAAUAAUUUCUCUACUGCUUGAACAGUAAUUUAUGACACAGCUGGCCUUAAAGCUUGAUAAUGUUAACAUUAUUUCUUUGAAAUUAAUUUAUUAAAGUGCACAUUAUAUUCUCUGGAUGAGAAAUGCAAAAAUGAUUUUAUUAUUCAUUAAUAAAGUAUGGA